UAGACAUUGACAGAAAAAAAACUCACCAAAGUAAUGAAUCCUCUAAAACUCUUUGUCCUAAUACUACCCUUGAUCAUUUCCCAUCAAGCCUUAGCUCGGCCUUACAAAACCCUUGUUGCACCCAUCAGAAAAGACACCACCACAUCCCUCUACACCAUCACACUCAACUCCCACCACCACUAUGUCAUUGACCUCACUGCCCCUCUCUCAUGGUACAACUGCUCUCCACCCCACCCGCUGGUGGUUUGCCACUCGCCGCCUUGUACCGAAGCCCAAUCUUACCCCUCCCCACCCUGCCCUCAUCCGACCAGCGCCGCCAGCACCGCCCCCGAUAUCCCGUGCUCUUGCACCGUCACACCGGUCAACCCGGUCGCGAAAUCGUGCGCUGUGUCUCGGUUGACUUACACCAAUAUCAACCUCCGUUGGACCGAUGGGCGCACGCCAACAACGCGUAUCGAUUUCAACCAGGUUUACAUCUCCUGCGCCCCUGCUUCGCUCUUCCGGUCCCUCCCUAAGGGCGCGUUCGGCUUGGCUAGCCUUUCGUCGUCCCCCCUCUCCUUUUCCUCCCAAUUCACUCUGCCGAAUCCCGAGCUUGCCUUCUACACCCGGAGUCGCUUUCUUCGGCGAUGGACCGUACUACAUUCUCCCCCCAACCAAUCUAGACGCCGAAACCAUAAUCUCUUACACACCGCUGCUAAAAAAACCCAACUCCCCGGACUUCUUCAUCGGUGUCAAUUCACUAGCGGUUGAUGGGAGAUCGAUUCCGAUUCCCAUUUCAACUACGCCAACGAAACUCAGCACCGUAGUGCCAUACACUACAGUGAGGAGUGAUGUGUACAGAUAUUUGAAACAGAGCUUUUCAGAGGGGACAGGGACCGCAGGGGUUCCUCGAGUGAAGCGGAUCAAGCCGUUUGAUCUUUGUUGGAAUGCUAGCGCGCUCGGGUUUACUCGGGUGGGUUUUCGGGUUCCACAGAUCGAUUUGGAGUUGGGAAACGGGAAGAACUGGACGAUUUUCGGGUCGAAUUCGAUGAAGGAGAUUGGCGGCGUGGCGUGUCUGGCAUUUGUGAAUGGGGGAGAGAUCAACGACGGAUCAGCCGUGGUUAUCGGAUCGUAUCAGAUGGAGAACAAUUUCUUGUUGUUUGAUAUGGAGAAGUCAAGGUUGGGGUUCAGUUCUACUCUGUUUUUUAUUAGGACCUCGUGUGGUAACUUCAACUUCACUACUAAUACUAAAUAGAGUAAUCCUUAAGAUAUAGUUGUUCUGGGGAUAAGGAAGACGUCAAGGGCUUCUAAAACAGAGCAAUAGUGUCCACUUGUGAUUGAAGGGAUAUGAAUCUUUUUUUACAGACCAUAGCCAAUUCAAGGGAGGUUAAUGUAUUGUACGAGUGAUCUUAUGAAUAAUCAGCUUAAUUGGAUAA